AUGAACAGGCAAUUACUCCCGCAUAUAGAGAUUAAUCCAGCAUUCCUUCAGCAAGGGGAAUUGGACGACAUUCAUAAUGCCUUCUUCAAGUGCACAAGGUGGCAGCUAGAAGAGACCUUGGAUCCCGUCUAUUGCCCUUAUCACUACUUCUGCAGUAGCACCUAUCCAGAAGUAUGGGGCUACAUGCCACGUAUCUCGGUGCUACAAUGUUUUUAUGGCGGCCGUUGGGCUACUAUCUCAUACUUGGUGCCGUCUGGCCCAAUUACGCUCCCAUUGAUUCUCCUGGCGCUCGCCAAGGGCCACAGGAUCGCUACGGCAUUUCCUGUCUCGGCAAUCGGUCCGUCGGUCCUACAGCUCAUCCUGAUCUCGGCCUUGGCACACGACACAGGUUACGAGAGCGAUAUCAGGUACACGUUUUACAAGGCGUCUACGAUCUCGGGUAUCUUGCAUGCUAGUGUUUACGUGGAUUCGGCCGUUUUGCCUUAUUAUACGGGCCUAGAUGCCCUUCUCUUAUCGACAUUUUCAGGCGAGUGCAUGUCAUGCGUGUGCCGGAAAGACACCCUCGUCGUUGGAGGGAAGCUGGUGGCUUAUCGGGGGUGGUCCGCCACUAGUUUUUCAGUUGUGGGUGCCCUUUGUUUGUGGGAUGAUUUGCAGGCUCUUCAGGGGGGAGAAGAUGGGGAAGGUGACGGUGGCGAGGGCGUUUUUGGAAAACUUGGGUUGGAUCUUUAUAGCUAG